GUGCUGAAGUCUCGGCUGCUCUCUCUCCUCUCCAUGUGCCGCCAGCUCUCACCGCCAGGAACCCGCUCCACUCAGCGGCCACAUUACAAAGAGACCUCCGCAUUUCACUUGAUUGUCCUCGACUCCUUCCACUCCGCCUAUCGUGGAGGAAGUGCGCCAGCAACCAGCGCGGCUCUCUUUCUCUUAUACAGCCCGUACUAUCCCCGCAUUGCUUAUUUUUGACCCCCCCACCCCCCGCCGUAUUGUUUAUUCUUUUUAAGCCCUGGAAGUAUUUCUGUGUUUUUUUUUUCUAACACAAAGACGCGGUGUGCGGCUGUACACGCGAGGAGCGACCUCGACUUUCGGGAGACAUGUGUGGGAGACAAGACUGCCAAUUCAAGACCCUACUCGCGGUUUUGGUUCUUGCUGCUGCCGCGGGCAAAACGCACGGGCAAGGGCCAAAUGAAAGCAGAGAUGUCAGAACGAGAGCUCCGGACAGUGACGUCUUCACACACUCACCAACACAGGACACAGAGAGCGAAGUCCACUUGGUUACCACCGUCUCACCCAUGAACAUCCCCAACCACCGGCCCGUCCUCAAGGGAAUGCUGUUUCACGAGCACCUGCUUACGAGGGACUUCCAGGGGGACCAGCAUUUCUUCAUGAGGGACGGCUCUGUGGCUGGGUACCCCACCAUGCCAGGCUCCAUGUCCGCCUUGGACGCGGGAGACGCUGCCACUCAAGUGGUGCCCCACGAGGAUGCCCCUGCCUUCUCAGACAUCGCCACCACUGCCACUCAGGCCGCCACGUCCUCACUGACCACAUUCUCUCCCACGCCGCCAAGGCCGCCGCUGUCUCUCCCUAAGGAGAAGCCCAGCGGGGUAAACAUGGCACAGCCGACAACAGACUCCCUCACCACUCAAGUGACACCGAGUAAUAGAGGUUCAGGUGGCGAAAACUACCCAGUUGUUGCACCCCUGUCAACGAAGAUGGAGAAAGAUGAAGCGAGGGAGACGCCACUAAAGCACAAAAGCAGCUCUGAUCGUCCUCUAACCAAGCUAACUGAGGUGACCCGGGUAGAGGGUACCCCCACAAUGUCCACAACCAUCAUCACAACCACCACCAUCACACAAACAUCAGAGCCGUGCAGUCUGAAUUUCACUGAACCUGAGGGGAACAUCGAAAUCCUGCAGCAACUUGACUCCGGAGUAGAGUGCAACUACUUGAUUACUGUUUACCUGGGAUACGGCAUCGAGGUCCAGGUGCUAAAUGUGAGUGUGCUGGAGGGCGAGCAGGUGACAGUGGAAGACACCGGCGGCCGAGAACCCUUCAUCCUCGCCAACGAGACGGUCUUGAUGAGGGGUCUCGUCCUGCGCAGCUGGAGCAACCAGAUCUCCAUCCGAUUCCGUAGCGAACAACAACACAACUCCGGAUUUCUGCUGCUGCAUUACCAAGCUUUUGUGCUGAGCUGUGCAUUUCCCAAAGAGCCGGCUGGCGGGGAAGUUUCCGUGACACACCUCCACGCCGGAGGAGAGGCCUUCUUCCGCUGUUUCACCGGCUACAAGCUGCAAGGCCCCAAAAUGCUGACCUGCCGCAACGCAACGACACCUUACUGGAGUGGGAAGGAGCCCCAGUGUGUAGCAUCCUGUGGGGGGAUGAUAAAAAACGCUACCUACGGUCGUAUCGUCUCCCCCGGUUUCCCUGGCAACUACAGCAACAACCUGACAUGCCACUGGGUCCUGGAGGUCCCCGAAGGCCACCGGCUUCACAUUCACUUCGAGAAGGUGGCUCUGGCAGAGGAUGAUGACAGGCUGCUGAUUAAGAAUGGCAACAACAUCGACUCCCCCCCUGUGUACGACUCCUACGAGGUGGAGUAUUUGCCCAACGAGGGUGUGCUCAGUACUGGACGCUACCUGUUCAUAGAGUUCACCACAGACGGGACAGUAACCUCCACUGGUGCAGCCAUCAGAUAUGAAGCUUUUGCCAUAGGCAUGUGCUACGAGCCCUUUGUGAAAUACGGCAACUUCAGCGGCAGCGACUCCACUUACGGCGUGGGUGCAGUGGUUGAAUUCUCGUGUGACCCCGGCUACACGCUAGAGCAAGGCUCCGUCGUGAUCGAGUGUGUGGACGCACAAAACCCUCAGUGGAAUGAAACAGAGCCGGCCUGCAGGGCUGUGUGCAGCGGCGAGAUCACCGACUCCGCCGGCGUGGUUUUGUCUCCCAAUUGGCCCGAGGCCUACGACAGGGGGCAGGACUGCAUCUGGGGCAUCCAUGUGGAAGAGGACAAGAGGAUCAUGCUUGACAUCCAAGUUCUCCACGUGGGUAAGAACGACCUGCUGACGUUCUACGAUGGCGAUGACCUCACAGCCAACAUCCUCGGUCAAUACAGCGGCACGCGGCCGCACUUCAAGCUCUACACAUCUAUGUCCGACGUCACCAUUCAGUUUCAGUCAGAUCCCGCCACCAACAUAUACGGCUACAACAAUGGCUUCGUGGUCCACUUCUUUGAGGUGCCGAGGAACGACACAUGUUCGGAGCUGCCGGAGGUCACCAACGGCUGGAAGAGCACAUCCCACCCCGAUCUGAUCCACGGCACUGUCAUCACCUACCAGUGCUAUCCUGGUUUUGAGCUGGUCGGCUCGGAGAUCCUAAUGUGCCAGUGGGAUCUCACCUGGAGCGGCGAUGUGCCGAGGUGUGAGGAAGUUAUGACGUGUCGGGACCCGGGAAAUGUGGAGCACAGUCGUAAGGUGGUCUCAGGCAGUCGCCUAAUCGUUGGGUCCACGGUGCAGUUCAUCUGUAACAAAGGCUACGUCCUGUCCGGCAACAGCCUCCUCACCUGCUACAACCGAGACUCAGCCGCGCCCAAGUGGAGCGAGAGGCUGCCCAAGUGUGUCCCUGAAAAGUACGAGCCGUGCAGGAACCCCGGCGCUGCCUCCACCAGCGUGCAGAGCUCCGAAAAGGCCUUUUACCAGGCAGGAGAAACGUUGACCUUCUCCUGCCACUCUGGCUACGAGCUGCAGGGUGAGGCCUCCGUCUACUGCACCCCCGGACACCCGUCACAGUGGAACAGCACCCCCCCUGCCUGCAGAGCAUCUGCAACCCAGUAUGAGAAUGAACGCAGGCUGGACGUUGUUAAUAGGGACUAUGCCAUGGAGGGAACCAACAUUGCCCUUGCAGUUUUUAUUCCCACCGCCAUCAUCUUGGUGGCUGUCCUCGGGAUUUAUGUCUACUUUGCAAAACUGCAGGGGAAGUCCAUCAGAAUGCCAACGUCCUCUCCACCGUACGACAACAUGACGGAAGAGUCAGCUUUCGACAACCCGAUAUACGAGAGUGGAGUAAGUACAGAUGUCAUGAACAUGCAGGACGUGGAUUCACACAACACCAGUGUGCUGUCCUGAUCCUCUCCCAUCUGGCCGUCACCCUGUCGUCAUCUCAUGUUUCACCAGCAGAGGGGGCCAUCCACCACCAUCUCCCCACCCCCCACCAUAUCCAUCAUCAGUGAGACCUGGAGGUUUAGCUGAUGAUGAGGCUCACACAUUAAAGAAAAGAACACUUUCCCCUCAUCCUACACAGACGCCAGAUGUUAUUUACAUCCUCCAUCCACGACUCACUGUAACCUGAUGUGUGUCAAAUGUCAUCAACAUGGUGGUUUGUCCUCUCAUGUCAUAUGCAUGUGUCACUUUUCAUGCUUCAUUCACCAGAUGGGUAAAAAAUGCACUUUUCUAGUCUAAACUGCUCUGCACAAAUACAAUUUUGUUUUUCAUUUUAUUUUAAACAGUAUUAUGUAUUUACAGAUUCUAUGUAUGUAUUUAAAUAGAUGAGCCAAUAGACUUAUCAAAGGAAAUAUAGGUUUAAUUUAAAAAAAACAACUUUAUGUUUUAUCAUCCAGUGUUUGUGUUUCUGAUAAGUCACAAUAUAUUUACAGUCUGUGUACAUUAGACCCAUGCUACAGCCAUAGGCUGCUGUGUAACUAGUGACUAUGUGUUUGUACUGAAGCCUUACAGUUCAUUAUUUUUGUAUAUUUCCUAUGUGCUUGGUCAGUUGCUGGCAUGUCCUCAUCUUUUUCUCCCCCCUGCUCCUUCAGCACCGGCAGACUCAUAGAUACUAAACCCAGUCCUUCUGCCCACAUUUGGCUGUAAACUGCAGAACAGCUAUGAGGUGAGAUCUCCUCCUUCUGCUGCUGAGAGAACCAUCUCACUCACUGCCCCCACCUUUCAGCCACAUAUGUUUGACUACCACCCUCCCAACCCGCCACUCAUUCAGCACUCUCAUGGUAGAGUUACAUAUGCUAAUAAUUAUGUGUUUGCAACAUUAAUGUCACUUGCACUCCAGUCUUAUGUUGAUGAUUUCUAGAAAUCAAACACAAUUUAAAAACAAUUCUUAAAAUCAUACUUUAGCCAUACUUUUAACAAAGGCUAGAAAAUUGUGACAGAUCAGUGACAUGUAAGGGAUUUCUUUGGGGUGAAAAAGCUCAAAUCAAUAUCAUUUGGGAUAAUGGGGUUUGACCCAGUAACUGAAGUUGCUUAUAGAUAAGUGAAAACAUAAGUGAAAACAUAAAUAACUGUCAAAAAGAUAAGAAAUAAAUGAAAUAAAGAUUGCGGUACUAAAAACAAAGUAGGCUAUUUAUGCAGUACCAAAGAAAAGGAACCAAUAAUACUGGUGUGAUGAUUCUUAUGAUGAUGAACAAUUAAUAACUUUCCACACUAAAGUAAAACCCAACAGCAUCACCUCUGGAGAUAUGAUAGUAUCUAUGUUUUCAUAUUCAUACUGAACUGUUGACAUCACAGUGUGUAUUUUAUCAUUAGGUUGAAUAGUCUAUAUCACAAAGACCAUUUCCUUUCAUCUAAAACGUCAUUUUGAAUCUAAAAAUAAAAAAUGUGCAAUACAUUUGUUGAGCUAUUGCAUGUCUAUUUGUAUCAUAUUGUAAAUUUUACACUCAAAAAGUUUAUGAAUCCUGUUUUUGACUGAUCUGUUUUGUCUGGUCUUCACAGGACAAAUGAAAAAAAAAAAACGAUUUAAGAGGUGUCCAUGUAGAGACCUUAAAGCAAGAGUUGCUCAAGCUUGGCCUUGUGGGACCCUCUCUGCACUGCUCAUCUUUCCCUCCAACGUUUCUCUUUUUUCUUUUUGUCCGCAAAUGAUGAUAUUCUUUCCAUAUUUCCCCUUUGUGUCGAUUCCUGUAAAUACGUCUCUGUCUCCACGGUCAACUGUGAAUCUGUGGGUCACCAUGGUGAUAUUUUUAUAAAGUCAAAUUGCUGAUGACCGUCGGUGAUUGUAUGUUUUUGAGUACUUUUUGACGACCUGAGCCAGUAGCAGUCAGCGAUCGAGGGGGAAUCGUACUCAAUGAUCCAUUAUUGAGGUGUGUUGGAUACAAAUUCCCAGAUAUACCCAACAUUCUUUGGAAUAUUGGCCAUGAUCACUUUGUUUUUGUAUGUAUGGGUCUGCUAUUUGUAAAUAAACUGCCUGUCCAAUA